CGCAGCCACGUGGGCCGCAGGCGGGGCUGGAGGCCGGCGGGCGAGGGGCGCGGGCGCAGAGCCGUGAGUGCAUCCGCGCGGACCCAGCGGUGCCGAGGCCUGUGGAGCCUUAACCUCAUUCCUUGCCUCGGUUCCGGAAACCUUCCAGACACAUGAAGCCUUCAACCAUCUGGAAGUCAGAAAGUCGACUGGGACUGACUGUGGCUUCUAGACCGCCCUGGUGUUCUGCAGAUGUGAACAUUUAUCCCGCACUCACCGGCCGGAGCCCCGAAUCGAUGCGAGGCUUGUGCUCUGGCUCUCACGUCUCUGAGCACAGAGGGCUCGUUUCCUAAGUGACCAAAGAGCAGUUGUUGACACUGAGGCCUGACUGCCGCACACGGCCCGUCGUCCCCUUACGGGGCUGCGCUGGAGAAAGUCAAGUUCAGGGUUGUGAGUUUCCCCACUCUCGUGAAUUAGGGUUCCAGACGGGGCCCCGUUUCUGUGGCGCCCACCGUCCCUGCGGCGUCACCACCAGCACCGUCACCACCAGCAUCUUCCUGGAAACUCCACCACUGCAUCACUCCACACAGCUGGAAUCCUCCCCUGACCGCCAUGGCCUGGCCUUUCCUAAAGGUUUUGCUGGUGGGGGCGAGUUUCCUGGGAUGUCUUUAUCCACUCGUGGAUUUUAGCUUCAGUGGGGAGAAAAGAGACCAGAAACCGAAUUUCGUGAUCAUUUUGGCAGAUGACAUGGGGUGGGGUGACCUGGGAGCGAACUGGGCAGAAACGAAGGACACCGCCAACCUUGAUAAGAUGGCUGCAGAAGGAAUGAGGUUUGUGGAUUUCCACGCGGCUGCGUCGACCUGCUCGCCGUCGCGGGCCGCCCUGCUCACCGGCCGGCUCGGCCUCCGCAACGGAGUCCCUCGCAACUUCGCAGUCUCCUCUGUGGGGGGCCUUCCGCUCAACGAGACCACCUUGGCCGAAGUGCUGCGGCGGGCUGGCUACGUCACCGCGUUGAUCGGCAAGUGGCAUCUUGGGCACCAUGGCUCUUAUCACCCCAACUUCCGUGGGUUUGAUUACUACUUUGGAAUCCCGUACAGCCAUGACAUGGGCUGCACUGAUACCCCCGGCUACAACCACCCACCUUGCCCGGCAUGUCCACGGGGCGGUAGACCGUCAAGGAACCUUGAGAAGGACUGUUACUCUGACGUGGCCCUUCCUCUCUAUGAAAACCUCAACAUCGUGGAGCAGCCCGUGAACUUGAGCGGCCUCGCGCAGAAGUAUGCCGAGAAGGCUACCCAGUUCAUCCAGUGGGCGAGUGCCAGCGGAAGACCCUUCCUGCUCUACAUGGGCCUGGCCCACAUGCAUGUGCCCUUGUCCAGGAACCUGCUGUCAGCAGAACCCGGGGGUCGAAGGCCGUACAGCGCAGCUCUCCGGGAGAUGGACAGCCUCGUGGGCCGGAUCAAGGACAAAGUUGACCUCACAGCUAAAAACAACACAUUCCUUUGGUUUACAGGAGACAAUGGCCCGUGGGCUCAGAAGUGUGAGCUGGCAGGGAGCGUGGGGCCCUUCACUGGAUCGUGGCAAACUCGUCAAGGGGGAAGUUCAGCCAAGCAGGCCACCUGGGAAGGAGGGCACCGUGUCCCGGCUCUGGCUUACUGGCCCGGCAGGGUCCCCGUCAACGUCACCAGCACCGCUUUGCUAAGCCUUCAGCUCCUUGGGCUGGCUGAAGCCGCACGAAGAAAAUCUUCUCACGUGGGCAACAGAACCUGCAGUGGGUGCCCCCUGGAGCCGACCCACUCAGAUGGCUCUCUUCUGGGUCGCCGUGCCUGCCCGUUCGCGAGCAGGCUCUCGACGGCCCUUCUCGUAACCAAGGCCUCCAGAACCCAAGGCCGAUUUGCCCAUCGGGGCCGCAGGCGCGGUGCUGGGGGCACACGACCUUUUCAUUUUCUUUGAAACCAGAAGAAAAAAACAAAAACUUUUAGGUUGAAGAAAAAUGGCUUAUUCUCUCCUCUUUAUAUAUUUAUAUGAUCUUUAUGUCGACAGAAUUGUAAAAUAUAAUUUUGAGUAUUUUAUAUGGAAUAAGGAACCACAAAGGCAAACGGACUGAGGUUCCAUGAAAGUCGGAACGCGCCUUCCCAGGUAUUAGAAUGAACUGUGGAAACUUGAAAAUUAGGUUUGGGGUUUUUUGGUCUCUUUCCCCAAGUUUUCCAAGACUCCCGGGACCAAUUUCUCAGGGAGGGUUUGGAGUAGCGGGGUCCCUUUGGUAGCCUUUGCAGGACUGAUGCUUUCUCCAAGUUCACGCAGGGGCCCAGGGUCUGGGGCUGUGUGUCCCGGGAGGAUCUCCUUCCUCCAGGGCUCCCCUCGGGGGGCUUGGUUUCCUCCUUUACGUAGGGAAGGACUCUUUGGUAGCCUGAGCUUGGACUGGCAAGUCCUGGAGAUGCAGAAGCUUUUCUCGCGGACCCGAGCUUUCCUCUGUGCUCUGGAGGUUCCUGCCCGAUUCUGAGACACUAGGACUCCAUGAACAUUAGACUCUGUGCUGUAUAAUGAAGAUGCUAAGCCUCACGAUGACGGAGGAGGAAUAAGACGGGAAAAGAAAAUGUACCCCCCCGCCCCGCAAAUCUAAGGCAGACCCUGUUCUUCUGGCACUGACCUGACCCCUCUGGGAGGCGCGCCUCUCUUAGGGGUGCAACGGAGAGAAAGCUCCAAAGCAGCAGUGCCGGCCACCCUGGCCUCUUCAGCCUGCCCUGCAGUCCUCCGGGCUGCCUGAUUUGUGGCAGGGACCUUGGACGCUGGACAGGUUUCUGGACUGUUCUGUACUCUGCAAGGGCUUACUGCGCGCUUCUUGCACUUGCUUGCGCCUGGGGUGCCAGCUCCUGGAGCCUGCGUCGCAAGAGAUAAGCCAGCGGCUCUGUGGACUGUGGAAGCCAGAGGCAGACCAGAGACGCGCUGUACCGCAGUCGAGGGAGAGAUCCUGCUUGGGGCUGUAGACAGAGCCCUGGAGCAGAGGAGAAGGGGAGGCGGGCACGUGGCGGGUCCCUUCCGCGGCCCAUCUUGCGGGGCGAGCCUCCGCUCCCCGGACCCUGGGCUGGGGAAGCAGCAGGUGGGGCCUGGAGGCCUCCCCAUGAGCCCAGCCUCAGGUGGACCCUCUUUUCCGGGAUGUCCAGCCUCGCGCGGGCCUGCCGAGUCCCCCCGACUCUCCGUUAGCCUGGCCCUCAGAUCAACAGCUCUGUUCUUGCCGAAGAGUUUUUGUCUGACCCGAGCACAGCAGGCUGGAGGGAGAUGUGCCCUAGAGUAGAGGGAAAUGGUACCGCGUGACUUCAAAGAAAAUCAGGUUCACAAAAUCCACCAACGUGUUCACAGUGGCUGCCUUCGGGUGAGGGGCUGUGUGUGUGCAGCUCCUUCAUAUUUCUGGAUGUUGUCCUUUUUCCCCACCCUGAACACUGACUAUUUUGUAACAGGAAUAACAGAGCUAAAUGAAAGCGGACGGAAUGUGUCACACAUGACGGCCUUCUAGACAAAGGCUAGCUAUUUGCGACACGGAGACCCAGGGUGGGAAAAAUGAAGUAAAUGUUCUCUUGCAGACACCUGUCACACACUGUUCCCUCUCAGCGGGUGGCGGUGGCCUAGGUGGUGACGGGUAGAACCCCUUGGUUCUUUUUUUAACUUUUAUUUUAUGUAUCUAUUUUUAAAUUAAUUUUUAUUGGAGUAGAGUUGAUUUAUAAUGUUGUGUUAGUUUCAGGUGUACAGCGAAGUGAAUAAAUUAUACAUAUACAUAUAUCCACUCCUUUUUAGAUUUUUUUCGCAUUUAGGUCACCACAGAGCAUGGAGUGGAGUUCCCUGUGCUGUACGGCAGGUUCUCGUCGGUUAUCUAUUCUAUACAUAGUCGUGUGUAUAUGUCAACCCCAGUCUCCCAGUUCGUCCCUCCCUCCCCUCCCCCCCUCGGUAACCAUAAGUUUGUUCUCUACAUCUGUGACUUUAUUUCUGCUUUGCCGGUAAGUUCAUCUGUACCAUUUUUCUAGAUUCCACAUGUAAGCAGUAUUAUACGAUAUUUGUUUUUCUCUUUCUGACUUACUUCACUCUGUACGACAGUCUCUAGGUCCCUCCAUGUCUCUGCAAAUGGCACUAUUUCGUUCCUUUUCAUUAGAGCCCCCUGGUUCUCAGGUGGGGCUGCAGGGGUGUCCCUGUGAGUGAUUCUGACACAGACAUCCAGUGAGAACUCUGAGUGCCAGGCCCUCUACGUGCACUACCUGUGUCUUUCACCCACACUGCCACCCAGUGAGGCAGGUACUAUUAUUACCAUGCCCAUUUUAUUUUAAUUUUUUUGGCCACACUGCGAGGCUUGCUGGAUCUUAGCCCCGUGACCAGGGAUUGAACCCGUGCCCCCUGCAGUGGAAGUGCGGAGUCCUAACCACUGGACCGCCAGGGAAGUCCCCUAUCAUGCCCAUUUUAGAGAACAGAAAACUGAGGGCUAGAGAGAUAGAUGGCCGAGCUGAGACUUGAGCCCAGGCAACAGCUGGCUGCAGAGCCUGGGUGCUGCUCCUGUAGGAGAUCCAGGCGGGGCCUGAAGGCAGGACAGGUAUGCAGAGGGGGCGGGCUGUACGGGAGGCUGCCGGGGCUCGGUCUGGGCUGGUCUGGGCGGCUCUUGACCCCGGCACGGCCAGGGAGAGAGCCUGGGGACAGCUGGGGCCAACACUGUCUUGAUCUCCCUGCAGCGUGCUGGACAUCUUCCCCACCGUGGUGGCCCUGGCUGGGGCCAGCCUGCCCCAAGGCCGACACUUUGACGGUCUGGACGCCUCGGAGGUGCUGUUCGGCGGGGCGCAGGCUGGGCA